CCAACUCACACCCGCAGCAGAUCACCUUCCUUCGGGCUCUUUCAUUUGAUAAACGCUGCCCUCCAUUUUCCCCAAAAUACCCUCCUUUUUUUUUCAUUAUUAAACCUUAUAUCCUCCAAACCAAACUACCGCUUAAAAACCAACAACCGGAGAGCUCUUCCUCUGGUUGUCUCCUGUCUUCUGAGUUCUAUCAAUGGCUUCCAUGACCGACCUCUUCACCAAAAGCCCGUUUCCUCCUCACUCCCUCCCCAAAUCCUUCAAUACCCGUUUCGUUCUUCCUCUUACACUGUCCUGUACUCCCAAACUUCAGCAGAAAAGGGUGGUCCGAAUUCGAGCCGGCUUGAUCGAACCGGACGGUGGCAAACUGGUUGAGCUAUUCGUUGACAAGUCCCAGAAGGAUGUUAAGAGGAGAGAGGCAAUUUCAUUGCCUAAGAUUAAGUUAACGAAGAUUGAUUUACAAUGGGUUCAUGUUUUGAGCGAAGGGUGGGCCAGCCCACUUCACGGAUUCAUGAGGCAAUCCGAGUUCCUCCAAACUCUUCAUUUCAACUCUCUCCGUCUGGAAGACGGGUCGGUUGUUAACAUGUCGAUGCCGAUUGUGUUCGCCAUCGACGAUUUGCAGAAGCAGCGGAUCGGGGAGUCCAAAAGGGUCGCCCUCGUUGACUCUGAUGAUAAUACCGUUGCGAUUUUGAGCGAUAUUGAGAUCUACAAGCACCCCAAAGAAGAACGGAUUGCAAGAACAUGGGGAACUACUGCCCCUGGUCUACCUUAUGUUGAAGAAGCUAUAGCCAAGUCUGGUAAUUGGCUGAUUGGUGGGGACUUGGAAGUUAUAGAACCAAUUAAGUACCAUGAUGGUCUGGAUCGGUUUCGACUAUCACCUGCAGAACUCCGUGAGGAAUUCACUAAGCGCAAUGCAGAUGCUGUCUUUGCUUUUCAGCUCAGAAAUCCUGUGCACAAUGGCCAUGCUUUACUAAUGACAGAUACUCGGAGGCGGCUUCUUGAGAUGGGUUAUAAGAACCCUGUUCUUUUGCUUCAUCCAUUGGGAGGCUAUACAAAGGCAGAUGAUGUUCCACUUAGUUGGCGAAUGAAGCAACAUGAGAAGGUGCUUGAAGAUGGAGUACUUGAUCCAGAGACGACAGUGGUUUCUAUAUUUCCAUCUCCCAUGCACUAUGCUGGUCCAACUGAGGUGCAGUGGCAUGCAAAAGCUCGGAUUAAUGCAGGAGCUAACUUUUACAUUGUGGGUAGAGAUCCAGCUGGAAUGAGCCAUCCUGUUGAUAAAAGAGAUUUAUAUGAUGCCGACCAUGGGAAGAAGGUGUUGAGUAUGGCUCCUGGAUUGGAGCGGCUAAACAUCCUUCCUUUCAAGGUUGCUGCAUAUGAUAAGACUCAGGGUAAAAUGGCAUUCUUUGAUCCCACAAGGCCUCAAGACUUUCUCUUCAUAUCUGGUACCAAGAUGCGAACACUUGCAAAGAACAAAGAGAACCCUCCUGAUGGGUUUAUGUGCCCUGGUGGGUGGAAGGUGUUGGUUGAAUACUACGACAGUUUGGCACCGGCGGACAAUGGAAAAGUUCCGGAACCUGUUCCAGCUUGAUGGACUUGCUGUAUAAUAAGUAAUGCCAUCCGAUUGGGAAACCUUAAAACUUAUUUACACUCUCUGGUGAAUUUGUAAAUAUUCUGUAUCCGGCUAUCUAAUAAAAUCACGAGGCUCUGGUGUGGGUACAGAAAACUUGCCUCGAUCUGCAAUUAGGUUUGCUCAUUGUGGGCGCUCUAGAGUGUGGGCGCCUUUUGUCAUACUGUGUCGUGCUACACUUCUUUCAAGGAAGUAGGUUGUUGGGUGUUUUUGUA